AUGGGAGGCUCUAGAGAUAGGAAUAGAGUAGAUAUUCUAGUCUACGUGGAUCUUAGGGAGUGUGUGGUGGAGGUAAAGAAGAUUAGUGAUAGGAUAAUAUUUAUUAAGCUAGUUAUAGGAAGGCUUAUUGUGAACGUUGUUAGUGCGUAUGCACCCUAUGUGGGCUUGGAUGAGAAAGUCAAAAGGCUCUUUUGGGAGGAUUUGGGUGAGCUAGUGAGAGGUAUACCGAGUACCGAAAAGAUUUUCAUUGGUGGAGAUUUCAAUAGCCAUAUUGGGACUUCUAAUAGUUUUGAUGAUGUCCAUGGAGGCUUUGGUUUUGGGGAAACGAAUGGCGGCGGGGCAUCUCUCUUGGAGUUUGCUAAAGCUUUUGAGUUGGUUAUUGCUUACUCGUUUUUUCUAAAGAGGGAUAACUAUUUGGUUACUUUGUACGGUAAAGAGGACUCAGAUUGA